GUGAGAGAGCAUGAUGGUCUCACCGGAAACGCCUAGGGCGCUGGUGAGAACCUGAGAACGAGAUCGCCGUGUACGCGCCUUGACUUCGUUGUUGAACCUGUGUGUCACUUAAUACUUCCAAUUACAAAUACUGAUGCUACAAUAAGACAACAUGUAUUGUCAAAUUUGCACACAUAGGGUCUGUUGCUCUUCACACAUACAUAACCAGCCAAUUUUAAGUAGGGCCGGAACACCUGUGUCGAACGCUAUGGCGGCAAGGGUAUGACAUAAAUAACAUGAUCUACUGAACUGUCGUAAAGGUUAAUGUCAUUUGGCGAAGGUAUGAUAUCGUAGAACUCUAGUUUUUGGUUGUACUACAAUUUCCCCGAACACGAGACCACCAGCUGAGAGACCCCCGAUGGUGGGAAGAUUGAAUCAAAGAUGACACUUGUCUUAUUUUAGGCACGAAAUAACGCGCAUGCUGCAUGGAAAAAAUGUUAUAAAGGAAGCACUGGUAUGCAGGUUAUCUGAUAUGUUCCCUGUGUUGUGCAUUGGGCUAUUGAACGAUGACGUAGUGUUGACAAAAGCAGAAUGAAACCUGUGCUUGUUCAAGUCAAGGGCAUGAUUCAUGAAGCUAACACUGAUGUUUAGAGACCUUUCAAAGAUGCUGUAGAAGGCGAUCAUGUUGCGGGUGUGUGAGAAACUCCGUGAGGCGGACGAGAAGGGCAGGAGGUACGGACUAGCCCGUGCGGAGACAGGCUACCUCCGUGCUCUGGUAGACGCCAUGGCCGACACAGACAGGCUGGCGGAAGUGGAGCUGCUCAAAACUCUGGGCGACGUGAACUUGGAGAAGGGAAGACUCGGGAAGGACGAGGGAAAGUUCAACACGGCCUUGGCGCUUUACAAGACCGCUUUUGUGCGGUGUGACCAAAGGGAACGGGGAGAUGGUAUAGAACACCGCUACCACUACACGGAGAGGCUUUUACAAGGGGUCUCUUCACAAGGUAGGAAACAGCCAACUUCGGAAGACAAGGAAACGUCUACACCUUCAAGGGUAGCGGCAAAGUUCCAAGAUUUGGACAAGAGACGGGCUACCAGAGGUAACACAGACUCUUUGCUGGUUGGAUACGCACAGGUGGUGGUAGAGGCGAUGGUAAAAGAUGAUAAUAUGUUAGAAACAGAAGCGAUCAAGGGUCUGGGUGACGUGUACCUGAAAAGAGGAAGAGAAACUGGAGACACAAGAGACUUCACCAGAGCUUCUGCUCUGUACAACAGGGCACUGGCCCGGUGUAACAACGUCCAUGUAACAGUUGUCAUUGUUCACCGCUUACUGCACACCGCAAAAAUUAGGCAAGGCAUCAUAACAAGAAAGAAGAGGUCAACACCACAACAAGACGUGGGAGGACGAAACGACCACUUAGCUGCACCCUCAAGUAACCAGACCACCAGUCAAGAUGACGACGACACAUCCUACCGUGAAUACAUCAAAACGGCAGAAAGUGACUUGGAAAAUGGAGAUCUGAACGCAGCAGAACAGAAAUUAGCAGACGCCCUGAAACUUGUUCACCAUCGCAGUAAACCCAACAAGACUAAAGAAGCCGACUGUCUGUGCAGGUUGGGUGACGUCUACGUCGAGCGAGGUAAGCGGACAGGAGAAGGUAGGAAAUUCACACAGGCAGCAGCUCUGUAUAACGCCUCCAUGGCACGGUCAGAUGGAGACAAACAGAACAUUGUAACACGACUGCAAGAGACAGAAAGGCAGUUUCUUAGACACACUUGUGACUUGGACUGUGAACCGUGCCCGUAUAGCAGCGCGUUAGAUCACAUCAAGGAACUGCACAACUCGCGCGCCCGUGUAAAAUCUCAGCUCGAAACAGUUCAUGAAGAAAAUAACCCUUAUAAGUAUGAUGAAGACGAUCCCGUCGUAAAACAGAUAGAAAUCAAACGAGCCGAAGCAAUCACGAACCUCUUCAAGACCAUUGCAGUUACAAGACAAGAGUUUAUCCAAGCACUGACGGAGGAAUGCAUCGCCAAACUCGGACCUCCUCCCUGUAAGUACGCUUUCAUCGGGUUGGGGUCACAAGCCACAGAACUGGUGACGCCGUACUCCGACCUGGAAUUCGCCAUUCUCAUUGAAGAAGGGGAGGAUGAUGAUGAUACACGGAGGUACUUCUUAAAUCUCACACACUACUUACAUCUAAAAGUUAUUAACCUGGGGGAAACCAUCCUCCCAGCCAUGGCCAUCCCGUCACUCAACGACUUUCUCUCAGAAGACCCAGAGAAAGAUUGGUUCUUUGACUCCGUCACACCUCGCGGCUUCGCCUUCGACGGAUUCAUGCCAUGGGCUUCUAAGACUCCGUUUGGAAGAGACGAAACCAAAAGCAAACCAUCCGUUAGUCUCAUCCAGACUCCUGCCAAGUUGGCCGAAUAUCAGCAUAUGCACAUCGCCCUGGCGGAAGGCUAUCAUCUGUCUGACAUCCUCAGACGGGUGACCUACUUAGCAGGAGACAAGUCUUUAGUGGAAGAGUAUACGGACAGAGCCAACAAAAGCGUAGAUCGCUCCUCCGUGCUAGCAAGGUUGUCAGUAACAUUCGAGGAUGAUAUUCGGCAAAUAGAAAGUAUUGAACCAACGGGGAAACUUCUGAAUGUCAAGAAAGAAAUCUACCGUUUUCCCAGCGUGGCCGUUGAUGUGUUGAGUACUCGAUGUGGUCUUAUGAUCCCCAGUGUGUGGGGGUUGAUAGAAGAGUUACACAAGACGCAACAAAUCAGUCAUGAAGAUGCCCACCACUUGACUGUACUGAUCAGCAUCUCAGCGGAGCUACGGUUAAGAACGUACAUUGCCAACGGAGGACAGAAGGACAGACUGUCUCCUCUAACGGAGAUGAAAGUUCAACUUGAAAAACAUGACGUAGAUAACACCUUCGUUGAGUCAGUUUUCUACAUACCAGAUUCAAAAAUGCUUUUUAGGUACUACUAUACUGCCAUCCCACUAAAAGGAUGCAUUACCGAUAUAAUUGCAAAUAAAAAUACAACGGCAAAGAUAUUUAAAACAGAAAUCUUUGACGCCUCAUUUCAAACAAGGGGUCAAAUAACACAAGAGCUGUUGCAGUUAGACGCAUCCAUACGUCACUAUGAGGCAGCACUGAAAGAGGCGGGCGGUGACAAGGAAAGACAGUUAGAAAUACUUUUUGCAAUAGGCAAUGUCUGUAAAAGUCGCGGUGACUAUAAGAAAGCGAGCGGCUACUACGAACGAGCACUUAGCUUUGGAAACUCUAUGUAUGUAGGCACCGAAAUGCGUGUUGCAUUGCAUGUAAACAUUGGGGUAUGUUGGAAUGAGCUUGGAGAUCAUAGGAAAGCUAUCAGUUAUUACGAACAGUCACUGAAAAUGAUGUAUGCUAUCUAUGGCAAAACAACGCCACAUCUAGACAUUGCUUCAUUACUAAGCUGCUUUGGAAACUGUUGGAGGGGGUUCGGCGAUCAGAGAAAAGCAAUCCGGUAUCACGAAAAGUCACUGAAGAUGAGGAAAGCUAUCUAUGGCAAAACAACACCACAUCCUGACAUUGCCUCAUCACUAAACAAUAUUGGAAACUGUUGGAAUGACCUUGGUGAUCAGAGGAAAGCUAUCCGCUAUUACGAACAGUCACUGAAUAUGGCAAAAAUUAUCUAUGGCGCAACAACUGCCCAUCCCAACAUUGCUUCAUUUUCAAGCAACAUUGGGGCAUAUUGGAAUGAACUUGGUGAUCAGAGGAAAGCUAUGAGGUACUACGAGCAGUCACUAAAGAUGUGGAAAGUUAUCUAUGGGGACGGUGCGAAACAUUGCCAUAUUGCCUACUCACUAAACAACAUUGGGAACUGUUGGCAUAAACUUGGCUACCAGAGGAAAGCCAUCGGUUAUUACGAACAGUCACUGCAGAUGAGUAAAGCUAUAUUUGGCGAAACAACACCACACCCCGACAUUGCUUCAUGGCUAAACAAUAUUGGGAACUGUUGGCAUAAAAUUGGCUAUCAGAGUAAAGCUAUCAGAUAUUACGAACAGUCACUGAAAAUGAGGGAAACUAUCUAUGGCGAAACGACGCCACAUACUGACAUUGCUUCAUCACUAAACAACAUUGGGAACUGUUGGCAUAAAAUUGGCGAUCAGAGUAAAGCUAUCAGAUAUUACGAACAGUCACUGAAGAUGAAGAAAGAUAUCUAUGGCAAAACAACUCCACAUCCCGCCAUUGCAAUAUCACUAAACAGCAUCGGGAAUUGUUGGCAUGAACUUGGCUAUCAGAGGAAAGCUAUGAGUUAUUACGAACAGUCACUGAAGAUGAAAACAUCUAUCUAUGGCAAAACAACGCCACAUCCCGCCAUUGCUACAUCACUCAGCAGCAUUGGAGACUGUUGGCGUUCCCUUGGCGAUCGGAGGACAGCUAUUAGUUAUCACGAACUGUCAGUGAAGAUGAAUGAAGCUGUCUAUGGGAAAACAACGCCACAUCCCGACAUUGCUUUAUCACUAGGCAAUAUUGGAAUAUGUUGGAAUUUGCUCGGCGAUCAGAGGAAAGCCAUCAGGUAUCUGGAACAGUCAGUGAAGAUGAUGAAAGCUGUCUAUGGCGAAACAACACCACAUCCCGACAUGGCUAAAUUAUUAAACAACACUGGAAUUUGUUGGAGGGACCUUGGUCAUCGGAGGAAAGCUAGCAGUUAUUUCGAAAAGUCACUGCAGAUGAUGAAAGUCAUCUAUGAGGACGAUGUGGCGCAUCCCUACAUUGCAACAGUACUAGACAACAUUCAAACCCUCCACGAUUAAAGUGAAACCGCAAAUCGGCAAACAAAAUUAGCUAACUGCGAAUGCACUAUAUCAAAUACCCAGUCUUGACAUAUCAUGUCAUUAUUUACCCUUAAAUAUCAAGUAUAUUGUAUGAAAUACAAAGUAUGACAACUUA